UGUCCCACUCCCACCUCUCUCCCUAUCAUACAUACACAAACACAUUUGCAUAUAUUUUGUCCAGCAAUAGCCACUUCCAGACUCGCAUUAAUCAACCAGAAACCCUCAAUCCUGAAGAACACUAUGAAGGCGAUAGUGAUCACAGAGCCAGGUGGGCCUGAAGUGCUACAGUUGCGAGAAGUCGAGGACCCAAAGAUCAAAGACGACGAAGUUUUGAUUAGAAUUGCAGCAACCGCAGUCAACAGAGCUGAUACCCUUCAGCGGCAGGGCAGGCACCCUCCCCCUAAGGGUGAUAGUGAGUAUCCGGGUCUUGAAUGCUCCGGAAUCGUUGAAGCAGUUGGCAAAAAUGUUCAUCGCUGGAAGAUUGGCGACCAGGUAUGUGCUCUUGUUGGUGGAGGAGGGUAUGCGGAGAAAGUUGCUGUUCCUGCUGCACAAGUUCUUCCUGUUCCCCCUGGUGUUUCUUUGCAGGAUGCAGCUAGUUUUCCUGAGGUAGCAUGCACGGUCUGGUCCACGGUAUUUAUGAUGAGCCACCUAUCCAAAGGAGAAACUUUCCUGGUACAUGGGGGCUCCAGUGGGAUUGGUACAUUCGCAAUUCAGCUGGCUAAAUACCAUGGAAUCAAAGUGUUCAUCACUGCAGGAAGUGAGGAAAAACUAGCUGCUUGCAAGGACCUCGGAGCUGAUGUUUGCAUCAAUUAUAAGACCGAGGAUUUUGUUUCCCGAGUGAAGGAAGAAACUGGGGGGAAAGGUGUCAAUGUCAUACUAGAUAAUAUUGGUGGCUCAUACUUACAGAGGAACCUGGAAAGCUUGAAUUUUGAUGGGAGGCUUUUCAUAAUAGGUUUCAUGGGUGGAUUAGUGGCUGAAAUAAACCUCGGAAGUGUGUUUGCAAAACGCCUUACAGUGCAGGCUGCCGGCCUGCGGAGCAGGAGCCCAGAAAACAAAGCUCUGAUUGUAAGUGAAGUGGAAAAAAAUGUCUGGCCAGCAAUUGCUGCAGGGAAAAUAAAACCUGUUGUGUACAAGUAUUUUCCACUGGGAGAAGCUGUGGAAGCUCACCAGCUCAUUGAAAGCAGCAAGCAUAUAGGAAAGAUUGUCCUCCUUGUCUCAUAAGUACUUGAUUAAACUUAUUCCCUUAUCACCAGCAAAUAUGAUUAGCAUAUUGUAUAUUCGUAGUUCAGAAUGGGAGGGGUGAAGUACAAUUUGUACUCCUUUCAAGUUGUUUGCCUGUUCUUCAAAAAACUUGUAUGGUAACACAUACGCUAUUGUACCAUCUAAAAACAUAAUUGCCUUUGUUU